AUGUCUGCAAAACUUAUGGACGCGACUCCCGAUCUCAAGAGAUUGGCACCAGUCGAGAAUCUCGCGAUCGAUGUCAUCUCUUACGCGCACGGAUCCGUCACGCCGACGUUGACCAAUUUGUAUACCAAAGGCAAAGACUCAUUUUUAAAGGGAUCUAUCAACACCAUCGAAGGGUUGAUUACGUCGUACGGCACGCCGGUCGUCUCGACCGUGCAAAAGACGUACCCGAAAGUCGUUACGAACGUCGACAAGAAAGUCGACGGCGUCUUGACGGCUGUUCAAUCCGUUUGGGAGAACAGAGUCAAGGCUUCGUACCCGGCGAAAGCGGUCACCUCUGUUUCCACGGCGAUUCAAACGCAACGCGAACAGUUUCCGGAAAACAUCGCGUAUUUGAAGUCGUUGACGACGAAGGAGAAGAGAGAAAACUACUUGAAGUUUAUCGAACUCAAAAUCCAAGAAUUGCAAAGCGCGACGAAGGAAGUGCCGCAAUUAGCGUACGACGCCAUCAAAACCGCCAUCCAAAACGCCCGCGAAAAACUCGAUUCGUUCGAACUUUUGAAAAAAGUCGAUGAAUUGUGGCAAGCUACCUUGAACUUGAAGCAAGUCAAAACGGUGGUCAAAGCGAAGGAAGAUCUGUCCCAAAAAGUGCACGAGAAAGCAACGGAGGUUUCGAACAACGCUUACGUCAAGAAGGCGACCAAAUCGGUGAACGAAGUCGUGCAAACCGUGCAGUCUAAAGUCAAGGGAACGCCGACGCCGAAGGAAAGCCGCGUGGAAGAGAUGGAUUAA